AUGUCCAACUUCACAGAGGUCGCUUCGCCCGAACACUUCCAGGAGCUUCUCUCAAAAGACCUCAACAGAGUUUCCGUCCUCAACUUCUGGGCGCCAUGGGCCGAGCCGUGUGCUGCCUUCAACAAGGCCGUUGAGCAAGAGGCAAAGCAAUUCCCUUCAGCCCUUUUCCUGAAUAUCGAGGCAGAAAAUCUCGCCGACAUCUCCGAAUCAUUCGAUAUCGAAGCCGUCCCCUCAUUCCUCCUCCUUCGUGGCCACACCCUCUUAGCUCGCCACUCUGGCUCCGACGCCGCCCUCCUCCACUCCCUCCUUACCCAACACGCUUCACCCGCCUCUGCCUCUGCCCCUCUUUCAACAUCGUCUGCUCAACCUCAAGCGCCCGAGGCGGCCCAACGCCCGAGGACCGAGGCCGAGAUUGUCGCUCGGUGCCACGAGCUGAUGAACAAGCACAAGGUGGUGCUGUUCAUGAAGGGUAACCCCACGGCGCCAAAGUGUGGUUUCUCGAGGCAGACUGUGGGUCUUCUGAGGGAGAAGGGUGUAGAGUUUGCUUGGUUUGAUAUCCUGAGUGAUGAGGAUGUGAGACAGGGACUGAAGAAGGUCAACGACUGGCCCACUUUCCCUCAAAUCAUUGUGAACGGAGAGCUUGUCGGUGGUCUUGAUAUUGUAAAGGAAAUGAUGGAGAGCGGAGAAUGGGACGAGGUGAUUGAGGGCGAAGAUGAUGAUGAGAAGGCCGAGUAG